AUGCUUGAGGCACGAUUGGAACAGGCUAAUGUCCUGAAAAAGGUGGUUGAUGCCAUCAAGGAUCUCGUCCAAGAUUGCAACUUCGAUUGCAACGAUUCUGGAAUUGCUCUCCAGGCCAUGGAUAACAGUCACGUUGCUCUCGUUUCCAUGAUGCUCAAGGCCGAAGCCUUCUCUCCCUACCGAUGCGACCGCAACAUUGCCCUCGGCGUUAACCUCAGCUCCCUCACCAGGGUUCUGCGUGCUGCUCAGAAUGAGGAUAUCCUCACUGUCAAGGCCGAUGAUGACGCCGACGCGCUCAACCUCGUAUUCGAGAGCAGCGAGAAUGAUCGUAUCAGCGAAUACGACCUGAAGCUCAUGGACAUUGACCAAGAGCACCUUGGCAUCCCCGAAACCGAGUACGCUGCUACUAUCUCCAUGCCCUCCAACGAAUUCCGGAGGAUCUGCACAGAUUUGAUGGCCAUGUCGGACUCUGUCACCCUCGAUGCCAGCAAGGACGGAAUCAAGUUCUCCAGCGCCGGCGACAUCGGCAAUGGAUCCGUCACCCUCCGCAGCCACACCAACGUUGACAAGCCGGAACAGAACGUUAACAUCGAGCUGACCGAGCCUGUUUCUCUCACCUUCUCCCUCAAGUACCUCGUCAACUUUUGCAAGGCCUCCGCCCUCUCUCCCCACGUCAAGAUUUGCCUCUCUAAUGAAGUCCCACUUCUUGUCGAGUACAACCUCUCCGGCACCAGUUACUUGCGGUUCUACCUUGCACCAAAGAUUGGCGACGAGGAGAGCUAG